AUGGGGCGAUACUCGGGGAGAAGUUUCCGUUUAAUCCUCAUGUGCGUGGUGAGCAUCCUCCUUUUCGUGAUGGAGCUCGUGAUCUCCCACAUAGGCAACUCCCUCUCGCUGACCUCCGAUGCUUUUGCGGUGCUCUCGCACUUGGUCUCCAUGAUCAUCGGGCUGUUCGGCGUCAGGGCCAGCAGCAUACAACAGCACCGGAAGAGCACGUUUGGCUUUCUCCGGGCUGAUGUCGUGGGCGCGUUUGGCAACUCCGUCUUCGCUGUGGCCCUGAUGUUCAGCAUCCUGGUGGAAGCUGUCAAAAGGUAUAUUGAUCCGCAGAAGACAGAAACGCCGCUGCUGGUGCUCAGCGCUGGAGUCAUCGGGCUGCUCUUCAAUAUUCUCAACUAUAUCAUCUUCUUGGACUGCUGUUACUGCGCGGCGCGGGGGCCCCAGGGAGACGCCGAAGCAGGUGAUUCCCUGAACACCCAGAAUGAGCCAGAAGAGACGAUGAAAAAGGAGAAAAAGUCCGAAGCCCUGAAUAUCAGAGGGGUACUUUUGCACGUGAUGGGGGAUGCCCUGGGGUCAGUGGUGGUGGUGAUCACGGCCAUCAUAUUCUAUGUGCUUCCCCUGAAACGUGAGGACCCAUGUAACUGGCAGUGCUACAUUGACCCCAGCCUGACUGUCGUCAUGGUCAUCAUCAUUUUAUCAUCUGCCUUCCCACUCAUCAAGGAGACCGCUGCCAUUCUGCUGCAGAUGGUCCCCAAAGGUGUCAACAUGGAAGAGCUGAUGAGUAAGCUCUCUGCUGUGCCUGGAAUUAGCAGUGUCCAUGAAGUCCACAUCUGGGAACUUAUAAGUGGGAAGAUCAUUGCCACUCUGCACAUCAAGUAUCAGCAGGAUGGGGGAGAUCAGGAUGCCACCAGAAAAAUUCGAGAAAUCUUCCACAAUGCCGGAAUCCACAAUGUGACCAUCCAGUUUGAGAAGGCGGACCUGAAGGAAGCCUUGGAGCAGAAGGACUUGCAGUUGCUCUGCAGCUUCCCCUGCGUCGCCAAGAGCUGUGCCAAGCAGUUGUGCUGUCCCCCUGGGGCCCUGCCACUGGCCCAUGUCAAUGGCUGUGCGGAGCACAAUGGCUGUCCCCCACUGGACAUGUCCCAGAGUGAUGGCCUUGGUAGACUGCAGACUACUGAAGUGGCUAUUGAAGUCUCUUUGGAGGAUCAUGGACAAGCUCUUGGCAAACCUCAGGAGGACUCACAUUAUGUCAACAGCACACAUUUUUAA